AUGUCAACCGCCACCGUUUCCGAGGGAGGGAAGGAUGUCUCUCGGGAUCUCGAGAGCCAGGACCGAGACAAACCCAAGAAGUGGGCAAAGUUGAUCUCACUCCUGACCGUGAAGGAUGGUGAAGUCUACGAGGCCGACCGCGACAAGAACCCAAAAUGGUACCAGAAAUUGCUAGACGCCGGUGUUGAAGAGAACGGCAUCAAGCCUGUGCCCCUCGAUCAGCGUACCUCGACCCAGUACAGCAACCUCUUUACCGUCUUCUUCACCUGCCUCUUGUGUUUGCUCCCAAUCCCGACCGGCAUGCUGGCCACGCUCGGCAUGGGCUCGAUAUUCGUACUGCGUCGACGUGGGCAUUGUCAUUGCCUGUCUCGUCUCCUUCGCCGUCUCCCGAUGGGCUUCAACGCCCUCCACUUUUGGGAGCGCUGGACCUGGAUCCCCAAUUUAAUCUCCAUCGUCAUCGCCGUAGGCUGCGGCGGCAAGUACCUCUACCUCCAGAGUGACGCCAAGCCGGCAACGCCGUCGCAAGUCCUGACCUUUGGCUGCCUGAUCGCCGGCUACUUCAUCACCUUUGGCGGCACCGUCUCUGACUAUUCCAUCUACCACAGCCCGCGGGACCCCCAACCCAGGAUCAAAGUCUUCCUCUACACCUACAGCGGUCUCCUCCUCCCGUCCAUCCCGCUCCUCAUCCUCGGCGCGGCCAUCGGCGGCGCCGUGCCCAACGUGCCGGGGUGGCAAGCCGCGUACGAGGCGACGGGGAUCGGCGGGGUCAUGAGCGAGAUGCUGGCGCCGGCGGGCGGGUUCGGCCGCUUCGUGCUCGUGCUGCUGGCGCUGAGCGUCAUCGGCAACAUCGCCAUCUCCAUGUACAGCGUCGCGCUGAACCUGCAGAUGCUGCUGCCCUUCUUUGCGCGCGUGCAUCGCUUUGUGUUUAUCUUGGUGACCAUGGCGAUUAUGAUCCCGAUGGCGAUCCGGGCGGCGGAGGAGUGGGAGGAGAGUUUGACAAACUUUUUGGCCGUUAUUGGGUACUGGGCGGGGUGCUUUGAUGCUGUGCUGAUUGUGGAGUUGGUGGUGUUUCGACGGAUGGACUACUCAACGUUUGACCAUGGGAUUUGGAAUGUUGGGCGGAAGCUGCCGCCGGGGAUUGCGGCUAUUGGGGCGUCGGUUCUGUCUGUUCUCCGCGGUAGCCUCGUGCUAGCCUCCAAUGACUACAACACCAAGCGGGCCCUCCCCUCCUCUUCACCUCUUGAUCCUCCCGCACAUAACCACAUCCUCCCCAAGCGGACACCACGUCACAUCCGUCAACCGCACCGGCUCCGCCGGCUGCCCAUCAUCCCCAACCGUACGCGGCGGCGAGACCACCACCCCGCCUUGCCCCAGCCACGUCGGCGCAAUAGUCACAAUGACCGAGUCGACAAACACAUUCCCCGCGGGCUCGAGCAGCGAGUUAAUCACCUCGCCACCGCCCUCAAUCAUGACACUAGCAAUACCCUCGCGCGCCAGCACCUCCAGACACAUUCAGGCCCAACGCAAACCGCCCCCCUUCUGGCCCCCUCGCCUCCAGGAUGCACAUACCGGCCCACCAACCUUCUUCCAAAAACCCUCCGCCUCCUCUCCUCCACCCACAACCCCCUUCGCAACAAAACACCCACGGGCGCCAAACCCCUCCCCCGCCCUCGCCAGCCCCCACAACCCGACUCCCCUCCUCAACCGCCCACCGCGCGCGCGGAUCCAGCACAAUCGGCCGUGGCUGCUGCUGCUGCUGCUGCUGCUGCUGCUGGACCACCCCCUCCCCCUCCCCAUCACCACCAACCCCCUCCAAAACCCCCUGCCCCAAAACAAGCCUCGAAUUCAACCCCGGAUCAUCCGCGACCGCCGUGCCCGCGCCAACAAGAAUCGCCGCGUGGCGCGCGCGCAGGAAGUGGGUCAUGGCCUUGGACUGCGGGCCCGACAGUACCGUGCGCACGCCGGGGGCGAGGGCGAGGGAGGCGUCGAGGGAGUGGGGCGUAG